CACAGAAGACUGCUUCGUGGGCUUACAGAGUUUUUUUUUCACAAAUGUGAAAUAGAUUAGAUUUUUUCCGUAUUUCUUUACAAAAUCCCUUAUCUUGAUAUACCUACCCACAUUCCCAGUGAUAGGCACUUGAGGUGAUCACAUACAGCCAUCACAGAUGCCAAGAAAAUAGAAGAAGUAUCUGCGCAGGAAAAGAGGCAGAAAAUCUUAUUAUUUUAUUUUGGUGCAAAAUGACCACGUACCGUCCAAAGGGGGCUCUUGCAAGAGCCGUGUACGAUAAGGUGCACAAUGAUCAGUACUUGGAAGGGUAUGACAUGAAAUUGUGGUAUGAGAUGCCUAAGCCACUCCACAAGAGAUUUCAGACCAAAUUCAUAGAUUUUAAGGAGCCCGACAACAUUACAAUGGAAUGGCUGGACAAAGCAAAGUUCAAAUCAUCGAAUCUCUGGGUUCAGGUGUGGCACAUUGUUGCCCGUCUCUUCUUGGGUAUCUUCAUGACCCAGACAGAUGUUAAUGGCCUCUUGAAACGUGGUUCGAUGUUCAUCCUGUCAGAAGCGCAGUUCAUGGAGCUUCUGCGGGCUGGUGGUUUCAGGAUUGAGCAGUUUAGUGAUGCCUUUGAAAUGUUGGACAUUGGGGCAGGUGAUGGGGAGGUGACAACGCGCCUCGUUCAGGCGGUGUUUCGUCUUGGUCCGGAGAAUAUGCCCCUGCGCGUAUUUACAACUGAAACCAGCUGGACGAUGCGUGAACGUCUCCAGAAGAGGCAUUUCACUGUGAUUGAUAAGAUAACGGAUGCAAAUCAAGUUGAUUUAAUAGCAUGCCUCAACGUUCUCGAUCGCUGUGCUGAUCCCCAUCAAAUUCUCAGCGACAUCCACAGCACAUUGUCCCCACACGGGAGGGCUGUCUUUGCCCUGGUACUUCCGUACAGUCACUACGUGGAGAUGAACACUUCUCAUAUGCCAAUUAAGCCCCUCCUGCCGCACUGGCCACAUGCACAGCGUGUGCCCUUUGAGGAGGAGACCACGGUGUUCUUUGAGCAACUCGAGGGGGCUGGCUUUCGCAUUGAGGCAUGGACAAAGGCUCCAUACUUAUGUGAAGGAGAUCUCAGGCAGUCAUUCUACUGGCUCAUCGAUAUUGUUGCUGUUGUUUCAAAAAAAUAAUAACACAAAGAGUUAAAAAACUGCCAAACUACCAAAGUUCUACACACACAUUGACAAAUCAAUUUUACUAAAUUGUAGGAAAUUUUAGCGAAAAAAAUGUGUUUCUGGCA